CUGGGUCACGUGAGAACUUGUCACGUGGGACGCGUGCCUGGGAGCUGAGCUUCCUGAGGCCUGUGGUUCUCCGCCGCUGCGCUGGUUCUUAGCUUAGAGCCGCUGGAGCUGCGCGGCGGAAAUGAUGAACCGGACCACCUCCGACCCGGAACGGACCCCAGAGACCGAGCCCGUGUGGGAGCGGCCCUGGUCCGUGGAGGAGAUACGCGGGAGCAGUCAGAGCUGGUCCCUGGCAGCCGACGCGGGCCUGUUACAGUUUCUACAGGAGUUCUCACAACAGACUAUCUCCAGGACCCAUGAAAUCAAGAAACAAGUGGAUGGUCUAAUUCGGGAAACUAAAGCUACAGAUUGUCGGCUCCAUAAUGUCUUCAAUGACUUCCUUAUGCUGUCUAAUACCCAAUUCAUUGAGAAUCGUGUUUAUGAUGAAGAAGUGGAAGAGCCGGUACUCAAGGUUGAGACAGAAAAAAUGGAACAGGAAAAGACCAGGGAACAAAAAGAAGUAGAUCUGAUUCCUAAAGUCCAGGAGGCUGUGAACUAUGGUUUGCAAGUAUUGGACAGUGCAUUUGAGCAGCUGGAUAUAAAAGCAGGGAACUCUGACUCUGAAGAAGAUGAUGCUAAUGAACGAGUGGAACUUAUCCUUGAACCAAAAGACCUAUACAUUGAUCGCCCUUUGCCAUAUUUAAUUGGGUCAAAACUGUUCAUGGAACAAGAAGAUGUAGGUCUUGGAGAGCUGUCUAGUGAAGAAGGUUCAGUAGGCAGUGAUCGUGGUAGUAUUGUGGACAGUGAAGAAGAGAAUGAAAAAGAGGAGUCAGAUGAAGAUUUUGCCAAUCAAAGUGAUAAUGAUCAAAACCGGCACACUGCACAAAUGAGCGAUGAAGAAGAUGAUGAUGGUUGUGACAUUUUUGCUGACUCUGAGAAGGAAGAAGAUGAUAUUGAAAAUAUUGAAGAAAGCACUAAACCUAAAAGAAAUAGACCUACAUCAUUUGCUGAUGAGUUGGCAGCUCGUAUCAAAGGGGAAACUGCAAACCGGGUAGAAGAGGAACAACCAAGCUCAUCUCCAGGGGAAGCAAAACACCAGAAGAUACUGAAAGAGAAGAAAGAAAGGAGAACUCCUUCAGAUGAUGAAGAAGAUAACUUAUUUGCACCCCCUAAGCUGACUGAUGAAGAUUUCUCGCCAUUUGGUUCUAGAGGUGGUUUGUUCAGUGGAGGGAAGGGACUCUUUGAUGAUGAAGAUGAGGAGAGUGACCUCUUCAAGGAAGCCCCUCAGGAUCAGGAAGUUCGAACCCCUGCUAAUGAAGUGUCUUCAUCCUCUAGAACUGGAAAGAAAAUCCCAGCUGGAGCUGUCUCUGUAUUUUUAGGGGACACUGAUGUGUUUGGUGCUUCCUCUGCUCCAUCAGUGAAGGAGCCUCAGAAACACAGGCAGCCCACUGCAGGGAAAACCCCAGCUUCUGUUGUCCUCUUUGAUGAUGAUGAUGACGAUGAUGAUGACUUUUUUUCGACUUCUUAUAGCAAACCCCCAAAGACAGAUAAAAUAAAACCCACUGCCAAUAUUUUUGAUGAUGAAGAAGGAGAUCUUUUCCAAGAAAAGGCAGCAACUUUGCCAGAAGCUACGUUGAAUCAGACAGACGAAAAUAAAGGAAGACCAGAAAAAAAGGUUACUGCACCAUCCAGUAAAAAUGUCAAGCUCAUGUCAGAAACCAAGACUCAAAAAGGUUUGUUUUCAGAUGAGGAGGACUCUGAGGAUUUAUUUUCUUCUCAAAAUCUGAGUAAGCCAAAAAAUUUAUCUGUCCUGCCUACCAAACUUCCCAAGUCAGUUUCUUCGCUUUUUGAUGACGAAGAUGAAGAGGAUAAUCUUUUUGGGGCUACAUCUGCUAAGAAGCAGGUAUCUUCUCUACCAACUCAGAGCCAAAAGAAAGCAAAACCCUCUGAACCACCUGAAAAGAAAGCAUCUUCCUUAUUGUUCAGCAGUGAUGAGGAGGACCAGUGGACUAUUCCUGAUUCACAGACCAAUUCAGCAUCUGACCAGUCUAAAGGGGAAGUAAGGGAUUCUGGGAUCAUCCAGGACCAGGAGGUCAAGGUGGUGAAAAAGACAAGCCUCUUUGAGGAAGAUGAUGAAGAUGAUCUGUUUGCUAUUGCUAAAGACAGCCAAAAGAAGACCCAAAGAGCAUCACUCCUGUUUGAAGAUGAUGCUGAUAGUGGAAGUUCUCUGUUUGGCUCUCCUCCCACCUCUGUUCUCCCUUCAACGAAAAAAGAGACUGCUCCUGAGGUUUCACCUUUAUUGUUUGGUGAAGAAGAAAAGGAGCCACAACUGGGAGGAAAACCCGUGGAUAGGAAGGUUCAGAAUACCAAAGAAUCAUCAGGAUUUGGGAAUACUCAUGUGACUAAUGAGUCAGAAAAGGAAGGACCUUUGACUUUACCUACUCAGGAAGCAGUCAAACAUUCUGACUUAUUUUCAUCAUCCCCACUGGAUAAAGGAACUAAAAAUAGAACUAAGACGGUGCUUAGCUUAUUUGAUGAGGAAGAGGAUAAAACAGAAGAUCAAAACGGCAUCCAGGCUCCAAAGAAAGACAUAGGAAAGAGUCCAGUUCCUGAUACCCGUCCCAAGAGCACCGGUGUCUUUCAGGAUGAAGAGCUUCUUUUUAGUCACAAACUCCAAAAGGACAAUGACCCUGAUGUUGACCUUUUCGCUGGCACCAGGAAAACCAGGUUUUUAGAGCCAAAUGUUGGGAGCCUGUUUGGCGAUGAUGAAGAUGAUGACCUUUUCAGCUCAACCAAAACCCAGCCUUUGGUAUCAGAAAAGAAGAAGAUAGUGAAAAAAGAACACUUUGUUUCUGCUUUCAAGAACCAGAAACCUCCUGAAACCACUCAAGAUAUCAAAGAAAAAAACUUAUGGAAACCAGAACCCCACCAGGACUCGCCAGGUUCAGCUCCAUUUAAAACCAAAGAGCCAUCCCCUCGGAUCUGGAAAAUACAAGCAAAUUUAUCAAUUAAUCCAGCAGCCUUGCUGCCUGCAGCAGCUCCCCAGAUCUCUGGAGCAAAGCCUGCUUUGCCAGAAUUGGCUAUUCCAUCAUCUGAAUCUGGAAGGAUCCACAGUCUGGAUAGACUGUCCACUGUUCCUGGAGAUGGGGAGCUCGGUGUGAGUUUUGAUCUUCCAGCUCAGGCAGACACCUUACACAGUGCAAACAAGGGCCGAGUGAAAGUGAGAGGAAAGCGCAGACCACAGACUCGUGCAGCUCGGCGGUUGGCUGCCCAAGAGUCCAGUGAGGCUGAGGACAUGAGUGUCCCCAGAAGAUCUGCUGCACAAUCUCCACAAGGUGCCAUUUCACCAGAUGGCUUUCAGCCACUGCCAAGAACACCUGGUGAAGAACAUUCUCAGGAGGCCUUAGCAGCUGCCACUCCAACUUGGUUAGGUGAUCCCAUAGCUGGAGUGGACAGAAGCCCCUUUGGGAAGUCUCACGGUCAACCUCUUGAGGAUGACCUUUUUGAUUCUGAAGAUAUCUUUUCUAACAGUAUAAAAUCUCAGCCUACGGGGAGAACAAAAGCCAAGACAAAAGCAACAGAGAACCCAACCAACCCACCAGGAGAAAGUAAAGAAAAGAGCCCCAUGUUUUCUGCUCGAGGUGAGACAGGUAGUGAUGAAGAUCUUUUUCAGUCUGUGACGCCAAAACCAUCGAAGACAAAUCCCUUCCCUCUCCUGGAAGAUGAGGAUGAUCUCUUUGUACAUCCAAAAAGCAAGAAGACUGAGUCAAAAUCCAGCAGCCAACAGGAUGUCAUCUCAAAAGCACAAGAUAUUUUUGAGGAUGAUAUAUUUGCUAUAGAAGCAGUCAAGCCCUCACAAAAAGCAAAAGAGAAGGAAAGAACAUUUGAACCCAACUUAUUUGAUGAUAACAUUGAUAUCUUUGCUGACCUAAACAUAAAACCAAAAGAAAAACCCAAAAAGAAAGUAGAAACUAAGUCUAUAUUCACUGAUGAUAUGGAUGAUAUAUUUUCCUCUGGUGUCCAGCCUAAGACAACCAAAGCAAAAAGUAGGUCCUCGCAGGCAGCACCUGAACCAAGAUCUGAACAGAAGGUUUCCAACAUAUUUGAUGAUCCCUUAAAUGCCUUUGGAGGCCAGUAGAGCAUAUACAGUCAUCACUUUUCAACUUCCAGGUUAUAUCCUUGAGUUAAUGUUGUUUAUAUGCUUUUUGUCUUAAUUGAAUCAUGAAGACAAUAAAAUAAAUACAUAAUGGAGCUUCUAGCUCACAUCUUA